AUGGAGAAACGGCCACCGAUGCACUCGACGGUAGCUUCAUCUGUGGACAUCACAGUGGCCGUCCACCAUCAUCGCCGCACUUCACUCUCCGCUGCCGCGGCCACACUACAACGUCCUCCAUCAUCGAUGUUAUCUACACUCCAUCGCCCGCCACGGUCGCCCCAGAUAGCAGCAGGCCAGUGCAGCGACGAUAAAGGAGUCCUCUACAACAUUCCUCCGUCCACCAUCUUCGCUGCACUCCAUCACCCGCCACCUCACAAUCGGCGGGGGAAGGCGGUGGAGUGCAGCGAAGAUGGUGGAAGGAGAAGUGAUGUGGCGUGGACCUAUGGAAAAGGAAGUGCAGCGACAAUGGAGUACGGCCACCACUUCACUCGACGGCAGCGGGCUGUGGGAAAAGCGAUGGCGGAAGACAUCGCAGUAUAGCGCAGCAGAGUGUAUGCAUUGGUGGACAUCACAGUGGUCGUCCGCCAUCAUUAACGUUACGCAACCCACUGUCCGCUGCAGCAAUACUACAAUGUACUCCAUCAUUGACGCACUCCUCCAUUCCGCUGCCUGCUACCGUCGCCGCAGAUAGCAAAAAGACGGUCACCGCUGCACUCGGCGGCGGUGGUGUACGGUGGAGUGCUGGAGUGUGGCCGCGACGGCCGACAGUGGGGUGUGGCUAUGGUAUUGUAGACGACCACUGUGAUGUCCACCAUCAUUGAUGUACUACACCUAGCGAUUCUAACGAGUGUCUCCCGCAGCCUCCGCGAUCGCAGAGACACUUGGGCAAGGAUAACGCGCCGCCAUCGCAUGGCCUAGCUUAGCACUGCAGUAAAACACGUCGUUUACCGAAAAUUCGUCGGCUUUACUGUUAAGCAAACCUUGCUCGGAAAACCAGCCAGAAGUUCCUCUGGUGUCCAAUCAAAAUGAACCAAACCCAUACGAUCCAUAAAAUCACCUCUAAUUAGAGCAUGGAAUUACUAAAAAGAG